AUGCUUGAUGUCAUUGCCACAGGUGCAACAGCAUCGACCUCAGCUGCUACACUCCGAGAGGAGAUUGAGAACAUCCACAAUGAAAGCCGCGCUCGCCCCGUCGUUCAAGCAGCACGGCCUACCGAGUUUGCGACGUUGUGGUAUCACCAGCUCAAUCCAACCUACCUCGUAGCCAAGUUCGCGCUUUCCAUUGCCGGAGGCUUGCUUAUUGGCUUCACGUUCUACAUGACCAGCGACUCGCUCCAUGGUAUCCAGAACAAGCUCUUUGCGAUCUUUUUAGCCUCGGUGCUUUGUGUUCCCUCUCGCAACAGCUUCAGGCAAUGUUCAUCAACAUUCGGACUGAUGUACAACUGGACCACUCUCAUUGUCAGCCAAUUUCUGGUCGAGCUCCCAUGGAACAUUAUGUGCUCGUCGCUCUUCUUUUUUUGCUGGUACUGGACUGUCAGGUUCCCCAACGAUCACGCGGGAUACACUACCUCAUAUAUGGCGGUCGCUUCCAUGGCUCCAACCGUUGUGAUCGCGUCACUUCUGUUCAGUGCGCUGUUCUCCAACGGUGUCUUACAACCAUACCGUGCUCUUGGUUGGUGGCAGUGGAUGCACCGCGUCCCCCCUUUCACUUACUUCAUGGAGGGUCUGCUUGGUCAAGCUAUUGGUGGCAAUGAGAUUAACUGCGCUCGGUAUGAGUUCGUCCUUGUCAUCCCUCCCAGUGGAUCCACUUGCUCCCAAUACUUGCAUCCAUUCAUGCAAUAUGCUGGCAGUUACCUCGCCGACCCCAGCGCCACGUCCACGUGUUUGUUCUGCCCUUACCGCACGACCGACAGCUAUGCUUCUCACCACUGGCGCGACUUGGGCAUCAUGCUUGGUAUCACUGUUUUCAACGUUUGUGCAAUUUUCACGCUCACGUACAUCUGCCGCAUCCGCAAGGGCAACCCUCUAGCCGGUCUGCAGCAGAAGCUUGCUAAUCUCCGGAAGUAA